CGGAGAAGAAAGCCUUACAUUUUACCUUAAGGUUUUAUCUGUAAUAAUUCACUGCAACGUGGUCUGUACCUUACAGUUUUUACAUCCUGCAAAAGCCUGACCUGCUAUCAAGUCACACGUCGCCUUGGUAGAGUUCCAGAAAGGAAUGCCCCUACAACUUGAAGGGAUGUCCAGCAGAAAGCGGAGACCUAAUUGGACAGACCAGGAGUGUCUUUUUCUUGCUCAGUUAAUGCAGGAGAAGAAAGACAUAAUCAGAGGGAAGUGCAGCACCGGAGUGUCAAUACAGGAUAAAAGACAAGCCUGGGAGGAUAUAGCUAAAGCCAUCAACACUGCCUUUCCACAGAUUCAGCGCACAAUUUCUGACUGUAACAAAAAGUGGGAAAAUCUGCUGGCAAAGUCCAGGGAGGAGAUCAAACGACACAGAAGGCAAGUGGGCACAGAAGGCCUGUCCCUUGAGCAGUUCAGUACUGUGACUCAAGUAGUGAUUUCUGUGAUGAACCUCUCAGACAUGCUGCAACAGGACAAAAAAGACUCUUCGGUCUUAGAGAUGGUGAAAACUCAACAAAACAGCUGUGAUGAAAAUGGAAAUGAGCACACUGUAGAUGAACAAUUCUCACAAAUGGAGCUCCCCGUAUAUCUGGAUCCAUCCACUUCUCCAGUAGAACAAAAAAUCUCAGCAUUCACUGACGUCAAAAGAUUUCACGCAGCACAUUUUUGUCCUCACCAUGCUCCUGGCUCCGCUGCUUCUGAAGGACACCUAGAUAGUCCCUGCACUGCUACUCCACCCUCAGCACACUGCAAAACUUUUCAAGAGCGCAAUAAUUUGGAGAUGUCUGUGCUGAGAAGACAAGAGACAGUCCUCAAGCUGCAAGAGGAAUAUUACUCACUUAAAAUUAAUCUGAUAAAAAAGCAAAUGGAAGCACAACUUUCAAAGGACUGAAGUAUCUGCAGUGAACGACCUGAAUUGUUUACUUUCAUGUCAACAAAUAUUCAAGUAGUUGUAGUAGUUUGAAGUUCAGGAUUUUUUUUGUAUAGGUAAAAACUCCAAAUAUUUAAUUUAGUUUUAGAAGGCUUCUAUAUGCUACUAUCGAGAAAUAUUAAUCUGGUUUGUAACGUCACACUUACAGCACCACAGUCAAGCAUUCAUAGCCAAAUUGCUUUUUGACUUUUUUCAAUGACGGCUCUUCCUCUGAAGCAAAACUUGCAAAUAGUUGACCCUUGUGAUGAAGUGUUAUUGUAUAAAUAAAUAUGCUGUGCUCAUUAUUUCAUUAAAAAUACAUGUAUUCA